GUGGGCGGAGUCAGGGAGGGUCGAGACACAGAGGGGGGACAGGGACAGAGACAGAGUGGUAGGGGAUAGGCCCACGGCCUGGAACACAGGGAAUGCUUCUAGUGUCUGGCUCCUUCUGAAACAGAGACGAUGCCAGCCCUACUGGAACGACCCAAAAUGUCGAGCGCGAUGGCGCGAGCGCUUCACCAGCACAUCAUGAAAGAGAGAGCACGCAAGCGACAAGAGGAAGAGGAGGUGGACAAAAUGAUGGAGCAGAAGAUGAAAGAAGAACAGGAACGUAAGAGGAAGAAAGAGAUGGAGGAGCGCAUGUCACUGGAAGAGACAAAGGAACAGAUCUCCAAGAUGGAGCUGAAACUGCAGAAUCUGCAGGAAGAGAAGCACCAGCUCUUUCUGCAGCUGAAAAAGGUCCUGCAUGAGGAGGAGAAGAGGCGGGCCAAGAUGAAGGAACAGAGUGAUAUGAGCACCCUGACCCAGGCAACCUACCCACAGGCACUAGCUGUCCAUUCCAGCCAGCAUCUCAUCAACAUCCAAGAAGGCCAUGGGAGACCAGGUGGACUGUUGGGCGAUCGGCCAAAAUCACAGAUGUUCACAUCAGCCAUUGCACAGAGUCGUGCAUUCACUGCACAGGCUGGAUUCACAGCUGCUCAGCCAGACCAUGCUCAGUACCAGUCUGGUCAGCCAGGACAUAGCAGUUACCCAGUGAGCCAGCCCCAACAUGGAGCACCUUAUGGUCCAGGCCAGGCUGUUACCUAUGCCAGCAGCCAGCAGCUUCGAGGUCCAUCUGCUUUCCAGGCAAUGUCUGCAUACCUCCCACAUCAGCAAACAGCCUACGCUGUCCACGGGCAUUUUACACCUCAGCAAGGCUUCAUUCCCCCAAGUACAGCGAUUCCAUUGCAGAAACAGCUGGAACAUGCAAACCAACAGUCUGGAUUCACUGAUUCAGCUGGGCUAACCUAUGUCCAUCCACAGAGACCAGCAUCACCUGGGGCCUUCCCACAUGGGACCCCACCUCAGCAGACCCUGCCGGCUGGAUUCCAAACAACAGGUCAGCCUGCUCCCCGACACGCCUACCUUCAGCACAGUCAGGGACAGCGUUAUUACCACCAGUAAGAUCGGCUUGAGAAGGUUCACUUAGUCCGACCCCACCCCUCACAUGGCUUACCCACAAACGUUUCUCAGCUUGUGUGAAAGAGGACCACGUUCAGGACAGAUGCCGCUGUGAACAGUGAAACAUUUGCCAUUGCUUCUGGGGUCAAAUGGUGACAGAUUUGUGUCGAAGUAAAUUAUCUCAAUUUAGAUCCUGUGUUUAAACAAAGACAAAG